CAUGAAAAAGCUGGAGGACAUCAGUCAAAACCCGACAUCUACCUUUGUGGUUUAUGAUGAGCACUUUGGAUACCGCAGCAGACUGAAGCACAUGUUUGAAGAUAACAACAGACUACAAAGGUUAGAGGCUCAAAAGCUAGCUAGUAAUAUCAUAGACGAAUACAACCAGUUUGUAGAAGCUAAAUCUAGCUUAAUCGCUGAUUUCUCUGACAGCUACAUAACAGAACUGUUAGAAAAUGUUGAAAAAGCUUUGAAGGAGAAAUCCAUGGAAAUAAGAUCAGCUUUUGAAGUGGAUCUGAAAGUUCAUCUCUGUAGCUCUGCAUGCCAAGACUUCCAAAAACUACAUGACCGCUAUGCUAAGGACACAGAGCUGUUGACGUGUAUCUCCGCAAACAAGGAAAGGUACUUGGCACAGUUUAUGUACCGGUUCAGGAAGAGAGACCAGUGCCAGAGAAUGGCUCAAGCAUUCACCUCCAUGGUCAUCAAACCUACAGCCUUGGUCUACAUUUAUAGCCCACUGGGGAUGCAAAUUGUAGAGGAGAUCAGAGGUAACGCCUGGCAAUAUCACUCCCCACGUGCCUUCCACCAAAGCUUGCUGGAAGAGCUGUUACAGGAAGACUGCUUUGAAACAUACCAGGAAUAUUUGCUCUACUUUGACGACUUCAGACUGACAAAGAUCCAGAAGACAGUGCUGGCUAACAUCUCAGAAUCAACCAACUUGAAUAAAUGGAGGCAGCAGAGACUUGGUGAAAUUGUGGGAAAGAUUGCAGCAGCAGUAAGCCAAACUCUUGAAGGUACCAGCGGAGUACUGAGUGAUAUAAAGAUGCUGCUGGAGAGAGUGUGCCUCACUUUAGAGCAAGAUGGCGAUGUGGAUGUCACUUGGGCCCCUCUUGAUGGACCUCUCUUCAAUAUCUCCACAGAAUGGGACCGUUUCGUGAAAUGUCUAAUGGAGUUACUGGCUGCGAUGCGUUUGGACCUAGCCCAGGAGUUCUCUCAAAUUGUGGACGGAAACCAACUUCUUCAGUGCCUUUCAAUCCAGCCGCAGGACUACCUCUUCAACAGAGUGAGAGGCUGUGAACAGCAGUGUCCUUGCUGCAGAGCCCCUUGUGAGCUAACAGAAAUGGGGCAUGAGGUUCACAGGGCUCUGCUCCACAGACCAAAAGGCAUGCUUCCCCAUAACUCCAGCUGCCUGUGCUGUGCUAAUCGCCCAGAAAGCACUGAAGAGGAAAGUGCAGGCGAAAGCAAGGACACACCCAGCAUGCCCGGCGAGGGAGAUAUCUGUGGAGGUCUCCUUUCCUUAUACCCAGACUGGAGCACCUCCCCUGAGGACCCAAACAGCAAGACCCCCUGUGCCUACUGGAGGUAUGUGUUGGUGAGGUUCAACGAGAGGUUUGCACAAGGAUAUGAGCAGGAGCCAGCAAAGAUUCCAGAGGAGUGGAGGACGAUCACUCAGGAGGAGGCACAGAACAGUCUGAGGGAAGCCUUCGUCACUGCACAGUCCUGACAUUAGUACUCUGCAGUGCUUUAUGCUGCCUUUGACAAAAUGCAUGUGAUUUUUUUAUUACCUAGUUUAAAAUGUUUUUAGUUAGAAAUAAAACAUUUUUCAUGGAUGCUGACAUUGAUACAAAAAUGGUAAUUAUUAUCUGUAUGCUUCUUCUGCUUACUAGUGGAGGAAUGAUAAAAAAAUAUGCAAGGUCAUGUUUUAUAUAUUCUGGUUGAUGCGUCUGGUCCCCCUUCAGUUUGGACUAUUUUUGAAUCAGCCAAGGACAAAGUCAGUCUCUGAGGAAGUUCAGACACGAGUAAACAAAAACCUGUAUGUAGAAGUGAAACUGUAAGCUAAGCAAACUAUUAUGCAGAGACUGUUAAAGUACAGAAACCACACUCUUUAUCAAAUGUUUAUUUUUAUUCUUAUUCAUUAUUCGUGUUGUGCCAUUGGGAAAUGGGUUGCAUUGCAGACAUUUUGCCGACAUGUUUUCAAGUUGUUAUUCAGACCUGUUGCUGUAAACAACUCUUUCAUUGCUACUCAUAAUUUCUUGACAUUUUGUGACAACUGUAACAAACUUAGCAAAUAAAAAAAAUGACUACUUGGUUCAAGAGCCUGGUGAUACAAGGCCAUUUCUGUAUCAGUGUAAAGGAUGUAACCUAAAAACACUGGAAAAACAAACUGCUUACCCAAAAAUGUUUUCCUCUUUGAACCUUUGUGAAACAGAAAGCGAGUGUAUUUCAAUGUAGAGAGAAGCAGAAUUAUUAAAUACUUCACAGUCAAUAAAACUUUUUUCUUCUUUUGCUCACCCUUUAAUCCAGCAUUGAUUUACAAUAUCUCCACUCACUUGCUCUGUGUUUUGAUAUGGCUCAUUAGAAGAAAUCCA